UUUUGAAAGCUAAAAUUUAGUAAUUAUAGUUAAUUUCGCCGCAAAAUAUAUUUUAAUAUUAAUUUUAAGUGUACAUACUUCAUGAGUGCGGUAUUGUAAAUAUCAAUCGUACGCUUCAAGCCCUAAAAAUCGGUGUUCCGAUAUCACGUAUUUGUCGCGAAGUGUGGUGUGUUUAUUCCCGAUGCUGUGAUACUUCAGCUGUAUUUUGGCUCUAAAAUGGACAUCGACGUUAGCAAGGAGAAUAUUCAGCCUUUGAGAGGUGGCAGAAACUUGGCUCAGCUGGGUACGGCGCUGCAGGCUCAAUCAGAUGUUGAUGCCCAGAGGCAGCUGCAGUUGCAAAAAGAGGAGCAUGAGGCUGCUAUCAGGCACUACCAGGGGUCUGACCCUCUGGAUCCAUGGUUCAAUUAUAUACAAUGGGUAGAACAGUGCUACCCAAAACAUGGUCAUGAGGGCCAUAUUGACAAGUUGAUCAAAGACUGCUUGUUAUUGUUUGAGAAGGACGAGAGGUACUAUCAAGACAGGAGGCUUGUUAAGUUGUGGAUAAAAUAUGUUGAUUGUCUCUCCAACCCCCUGGAGAUAUACCAAAGGCUCUACAACACAGGCAUAGGCGUAGAAUGCUCAGAAUUCUACCGAGCCUGGGCCUGCUACUGCGAGGAGUCUGGAGACUUCAAGAAAGCCAACCAGGUGUACAUGUUAGGGCUCCAGGCUAAAGCGCAGCCCCUGGAUGAGCUUGAACAGGCCCAUAUGAACUUCCAACUAGUCUUCGCACAAAGAAUGCUCCAUGACGAUUCACCAACAAAAAGGAAGGCAGCAUCCGCCCUAGCCGAGACCAGAAUGGCACUCACCUCCCUCAAGUCGUUCAAGCGACGGAAUAUAGCCAAUGUGCCCAUUCAGAGGGUCGGGGAUAGCAUAAGAAGUGUUGUGCCUGGAGUGGUGCGGCAACAGCAGGGUUUUGAUUCUAGAAUGCCUAAUUCUAAUGUUAUGGUCAGCGUUUAUGAGGAUGCCCCAUCAACCUCACAUUCUGCCGUCCCAAUGGCCGACAACCCAGGCCCGGCCUCCAUAGUCCAAUCGUGUGGCAAUGUAGAGAAUGAGAAGGAAGUUGGGAUAUGGACUAAUGCUAAAACAAAAAUGGUACACACCAAUGUUGUACCGCAUCAGCCUUUGCCUUUUACUCCUUACGUAGACGAAGAAGAUGUCCUGAAACUUCCAGCCAACCAUAUGCCUUAUUGUGUAGACGACCUUACGUUUACCGUACCUUUGAAUGUACCUGACCCUGUUGACCCUACUAAAAUUCCGUGUUAUAAUAAGACUCAGGUAUACAUAGAUGACACUGAAUACAGUUUAGAAGAAAUUAGAUCAAGAAAAUACAAUUUAGAAAGAAAAUCCAAAGCAGUCUACGACGAAACCGUGGUAGAGGAACAACGAACUAGCAAAAUAAACGAAACUUUGGCCCAGUGCAGCGCACUCGAGACCCUAGCCAACUGCGCUUUAGACGCUGAGCAAGACCACUUAGGUCAGCUCAUGCCUCUCACAAUGCCUACCAUACAAAACGUCACUAAAGUAACUAACAUGCACUCGCCGGGCGAACCUAAAGUCUUAGUCAAUUUAGACUCUAAAGAACUAAGCCAGUUAUCAAAGAAUGACGAAAACCAGAGGCCUGAGAAGCAAGACAAACCGUAUGGGAAUGAGGCCGGUGCGAACUAUGGCAAGAAUAAUCUGCUGGAAGAGUUUAAUAGGAGUAUGAUGGGGAAUCUGCUUGGUGAUUCUAUAACCAAUGUCACUAUGAAUACGAAGGAGGCGCGAUGGGAGCUGAGAAACAUUUUUAAUGACAAUGAACCAUCCAUGGUGCAACCAGUAGUGCAACAGUUCGACGUAUCCAACAUGAAGUUCGACAUCCACGAAGACAGGUCCAUGACGAUGGCUCUCACUAAGAAGAAGCAAGACUCCGGGGCUCACUCAGUACCCCAGGAUAAGGAGAAUGCUAACAAAUUCAACAGUCCUGAUGCACGGAGUGCGGGCAAAAACAUGUAUUUCGAAGAAACCCAAUUCACCCAAGCGUUCAACUUCGACGUAAAAGACGCCAGCACGCCAAACAUGUCGCAGUUCAAAAAACCAAACAGCAUAGACCAUACGAACAAGUCUACCGUCCCCAAGUUCCAUAUGGACGAGAGUACGAUAGAACUGCAGAGUGGAAUUGGGAAAAGGGACGAUUCGAGGCAGUUGGGAGAGCAUGCGACGGCCGACACGCAGGGCGCGCUGUCUGUUAUAAUGGAGGCUACGAGGGAAUCUACCAGUAAAUCGGGCUCCAGUACAUCCAGUCAGUCUACAAGAAAUAACUACACCAAUUACACAACUACGCCAUUCGAUUCUAUGUACCAUAACGACCAAGGUCCACCAACGGCUUCCAAAAGGAAUUCUAUAUCGACGCAACCACGACUAGCUAACGGGCAUUUCGCAAGCAGAGCAUACCCGCAGAAGCGAGAAGAGGCAAAACCUCAGCCCUCGCCAGCAGCCCCGUAUUUGUCCCACGACCACCAGUACCAGAAGCCAUCACCUCAAAACUACAAUGGAUACACUCCCCAAAGACCGGCCGCCCCGCAGGUCAACCCAUACCAACAAUACGGCUACCAACAACAAUACCCCAACCAACCUCAGCAGGGCUACGCAACCCCGAACCCAAACCCCUACAACAGCCCGCAACACGCCGGCAUUCAGAGCCCUCAUCAAAUGAGCCCUUCAGUCCCUCCCGGCUUCCAAAGCCCGACUUAUCAAUACCAAAACCCUUCACAACCCAUGAUGAGCCCCCAACAAGUGUACCCCGGCCGGCAAGACUACUACGGACAAGAACGACACGUGUACGCCAAUCAACAGCAGCCGGCUCCCUUCCAGAGCCCGCCCCAUCAAGCCCAGUACCAAAACAACCCCUACUACCAGAGAACUAGUCAACCCCAAGUCCCCUCCCCCAAUCAAAGCUACAGCCAACAAAACUACCACAUGCACAAUCAAUACGGCAACGCUAACAUGUAUCAACAGAACCAAAACUACCAGAUGCAGAACUCGUACCGGCAAUCACCCAAACAAAUGGAAAAUGGACAAGCUGGCUACGGAUCACAAAAUCAACCCUUCCAAAUAUAUCAAAGCCCUCAACCUCAACGUGCUGCGCACAAUAGCAAUAAUAUGAGCCACGAGAGCAUUCCCGAGACGCAAGUGAAGCAAAGCCCUCACGAACAAAACGCUAUGAAUAAAGUCAGUCCUCCUAAACCCCCAGUGCCCCAUAAGAGUCCUACAUCAGCUUUAAGAAACGUCCGGCACGACCAACCAAAUGUCAAACUCGGCCAGAAUUCUCCCGACAUCGGAUUCUCAAACCAGUUCCUCAACUUUAUAUCUAAUAGGAAUGAACCGAAAGAUAAUGCCAACACUCCUAAGUUCACAAACAGUCCAAGCAUAUCUCAGAAGAUGCAUAAAAACCUUUACGUUUCGAGUCCUGAGCAGGCUCAGAUACCACCUUCUUCUGGGCUUUCGGAUUCUGACAGCAAAGACGGCUUAACAGCACAAACGAAUACGCCAAUCCAAUCGGCGAAGGUGUCUCAAGUUAUUGACAAACAAAAGGAUAUAUCGAAACGGCAGCUUGACUUUGAACAGCGAGCCGAAUUCCAAUCUGAAGAUAGUAGAGACUCUAUAAGCAAGGAAAGCAGAAUCUCCUCAGUAUAUUCCAGACAAUCAGACUUCCAAUCCGAUGGCUACGGAAUGGACGUGGACAGCGAAAACUCCAUGGAGUGUGCAGCGUAUAAAUCUACGCAUUCGAUCUCUUUAGUAGAAACCAGUGACAUACCCAGACCGGCAGACAUUGAGUUCCCAGAUGUAAUAGACCCAUUUAACAAAAAGCUACUAACUUCAUUGUUAGACUACGUCAAGUUUCCUAAUAAAACUCACGCUGAAGGUUACAAUGAGGUACGGUCAGUGCCCAAGUUGCAGGUAGCUACAACAGUAGGAGUUGGAAACAAUAAAUUUGCCGUGGAAAAGCAACUGGGCAAAGGAAAUUAUGGAGCUGUGUUUUUGUGCUUAGAAAUACAUAGCAACAAAUCUGUGGCUGUGAAAUAUCAGAAACCUGCUAGGCCUUGGGAGUUUUAUAUCUGCCAGGAAAUCAAAGCGAGGAUAAAGGAUCCAUUCAUGCUCUCAGGCUACAUGGACAUCACAACAGCGUUUAUCGGAGACAACGCCAGUCUUUUCGUGUCCGAAUACUCAAAAUACGGGUCCCUGUUGGACGUGGCCAACAAGAUCCGAAUGGCUACCUCAAAGUGUAUUAACGAAUUUAUAGUCUUCCUGCUUACUGCGGAGAUGCUGUCAAUAGUUCAUUACUUGCAUAAAGCACAAAUUAUACAUGCCGACAUCAAACCUGAUAACUUCUUGUUGAUGAAAAUACCUACGCAAGAAUGGAGGACCCCAUCCCUGCAGCUAAUCGACUUGGGCUGUUCCAUCGAUAUGUCCUUGUUCCCUGAGGGAACAACGUUUAGAGAACUAAUCGCCACAGAAGGCUUCACAUGUACUGAGAUGAGAGAAGGCAAGCCUUGGACGUACCAGACCGACCUGUACUGCCUCGCCGGGACUAUACAUGUCAUUCUGAUGGGCAGUUAUAUGAAGGUAGCUAAUCGCGUUGGUCAGUGGAAUAUAGAGAAGAAAUUGCCUCGAUACAUGAAGAGUUUAUGGGACAAAAUAUUUACGACACUGCUGAAUGUCCCUGACUGCAACAAUUUGCCUGACCUCAUGGAACUGAAGGAAGACAUAGACAAACUACUCAUUUCAACUGAUGUAUUAACCUCCCAGCUCCGUACCUUUGCUAAUGUGCUUAAAUCUAGGUAAAUGCAAAUGGUUUAGAUUGUAUUUAUUGCAUUUAGAUAUUAUGGCAAUUGUAAAAAAUAUGAUAUAAUUAAAUAUACAAACUAUUUUUAAGUUUUAAAUUUCCAUGAAUUUUCAUUGGGCUAUAGAAUGUCAAGAUGCAAAGGCACUGGUCACAUCGCGAGAUAGUAAGCUAUCGGCUAUAAAAACGAACGAAAGACUCCCGU